UUCGCCGGCCAUGUUUGUUUGAGAAAAAGGCAUACAAAGAGAAAUAUAAUAUUCAUCAAAAUGUCAGACACUGAAGUAGGAGAUGUGAGCAAACUAACAGUUGUACAACUUAGAGAACAAUGUACUAAACAUGGAUUAGCAACAACUGGAAAGAAAGCUGAAUUAGUAGAAAGACUAAAAGCAGCAACAGCAGUUGCAGAGGAGGUUAAAAAGGAAAAUGAUACCACAGAAGCAACAGUUGAAGCAACCAAUGGAACCACAGCUGCAGAAGAGCCUAAAGCUUCAGAGGAAGAAGUCAAAGCAGAAAUUGAGGAGACCAAAGAAGAAGAAACAGAAAAGGCCCCAGAAGAAGAGGAAACUACCAAAGAUGAAGAAGAGGUGAUGGAUGUUGCUAAUGAGGAAGUUAAGGGGGAAGAAAAUGAACCAGGUGCUAAAGUUGAAGGGGAUAAAUCUGUUGAAGAAGUACUAGCUGAAGUGGAUGAACAAAUCAAAGAAUCAACAACUUAUGAAGUCAUCGAUGAGGUCACAGGUGAUGAUGAUGAAAAGGUGGCAGAUGGUGAGGGAGCUCCUGAAGGAGAUGAGGUACUCGAGGGAGAUAGAGGGGAAGAUGACACUCCAUCCAAAGAGGAUGGGAAAAAGAAAGAAAGGAAAAUAAUCCCAAAACUCGAUCGUGAUUACAUAAAGAAAUACAUGAUGAUUGCAAAGAAAGUUGAGGUCUACAGGCGUACACUCCACGUAGGUCCUAUAGAAAUCUCAGACUUAAGCAACUCUGUUGUUCAAGACCUUAUAUUAAAGGGUGUCGAGAGUCAUAUGAAAUUCUUAUCCAAGACAGUCUCGGACCUUUCACACCACAUAGGAACACUAGAGAUCAAGUUCCAGAAUGUUGAGGCAAUGACCGAAGCAGUAGAAGCAAACAAAGAGUUGGAGAUAGAUGGUAGGAAAAUACAAGUUUACGCAGCAUACACUCCAUGCGAGGAUGAUUAUAAAUCCAUGGGAACUUACAUCAAACUUGGAGAAAAUAAGAAUGUUGAUGCCUUACAGACCUACAAACGGGAACACAAGAAGUAUGACGAGGCGUUAGAAUGCCGAUCACUUUAUGUGAAAAAUCUGCCUAAGUCCGUGACUGAAGAGAAAAUGAAAGAGCUUUUUGAGGAUGCUGUGGCUAUAUAUGCCCCACGGGAUGCCACGGCCAAACUAACAGGGGAAUGUUUCGUGGAGUAUGAGAGUCAAGAGAAAGCAGCCGAGAAGUCGAAGUCUAUUCGGGGAACAUUGAAGUUUGACGACCAGGAAGAAGAAGGAUACGUCUGGCAAAUAAAUCGUAAAGAAUGGAAAAUAAGCGAAAAGUUCAGAGAGAGCUUGAAGCGUGGAAGGGGACGCGGGUCCAUCACUCGAGGAGGGGCCUCGUCAAGAGGAGGAACGCCAAGAGGAGGCAUCGGUAGAGGAUCUGCAACUGUUCGCCGCACUUCAUCGGGAGAUGGUGGUCCCCCGAGGAAGAUCCCAAGAGUUACUCCCCAGUCCCGACCCGCUUCCUCCACCCCCAAACGUGGUGGCUUCUCGCCCCGAGGGUCAGGAUCCAUGAGAGGACGAGGAGGAAGAGGAAGGGGAGCAUACAAUGACCGAGACAGAUCAUUUGAUAGAACUCGCAGCCCAAAUUCUAGACCAGACAUGAACAGGAGGUUUAGCGGAGGGGCAUCUAACACAGUGAGCAACAUUAUUACGGGACAAAAUAGAAAUCCUAACACUCAGGCACAGGCAAUGAAUCUGCUAGUAGGCAUAAGUCAGAUGUUGAGUCAUGGAGGCCAAGGAGGAAAUCAGAGUCGUUCCAGUUACCAAGACAACAACAGUUGGAGUGGCUCACAGAGAGGAGGCUAUGGCGAUAGCUACGGAAGCAACAGUAGUGGGGGUGGGAGUAGCAGCUACCAGGGAGGUGGCAUGAGAGCCCAACAGAGUUACUCAAGCAGCGGGGGUCAGUGGAGAGGCGCAAGUUCAAGCAAGUCCCCACGAGGUGGUAGAAGUUACGACAGAGGGAACAACAGGAAGAGGCGUGGCAAGUGGUAGACCAAUCAACAGACUUCAGAAUAUAAAUAAUGGCUAUAGUAGUAGAUGACAGUGUUAAUAUAUAAGGACUGGCUAUGACAUCAUAUAAAACAGUAAUUCUUGGGGUUUUAUCUCAGACUAAUAUAUCUGAUCUGCAAGAAUCAAAGAAUGCAAUUGUGUACAGCUGUACUAGAACUAUGAGCUGACUUUUAAGAACCAGUUUUAUUCAGGACGUUUCUCAAAUCAGUUUCAAUAGACUGAGACAGUUUGGAAAAAUCCACAUGUGAAAACAAAAUUAUGGACAUGGUUUGGGACAUUCCAUCUGGAGAAAUUUGUGUUACAUUUGACCAGAUUUAUUUAAUGUUCUAAGCAAUGUAACCAAGUUAAAGGAUCUUGGAAAUGAUACAUUUAUAACCCAUGUGAUACACUUUUACACUGACAAGACCCUUUAACAUUUGUUGUAAUAAUGAAGUGAGAUUCUCAAUAAGGGAGAAUCAAAGAAUCAUGGAUGUUUUAUUUUUGUAAAUAAUACUCAUAUUUUAUUUUAGUUCCAUGAAAUUUUUAAUCUCAAAUAAGUCAAUGUAUUGAUGAAUGUUGCACGUGAAAUGAAAUCAGUUCUGGUCAGAGUUGAAAAAAGCUCAUAAAAUUGUGUACUUUUAAAUGUGUUAUAACAGUGAUUUAAUUUAAAGAUUAUUGAAUCUCAAAUAGAGACUUGUGAAAAAUACUUUAAAAAACCAAUUGUGUUUUGUUUUAUGUUCAUGAUUUAGUGUUUACAAAAAUGUGGCUUAUAUCCAAGUCUUUUAUUUAAGGAAUAAAGAAUUGUGUAUCAUUCUUUGUAUUUAAUAUAAAAGCAUG